AUGAGCAGUCUUUGGAAGUGGUUCACUGGGAAAAGGAAUGAGUGCUCAGUUACUUAUUCUCGAUUUGGCGUACCUGGUGAUGUUUUAGACGACCGUCCGCGACCAUCAACUAUUUGUAUCGCACAAUUCGAUGAUAACGAUCCGAAGUUUAUAUUCUUUAAACUUUGUCAUGCUCAAAAAGCUGCCAUGACUGUCGCUGGAUUUGGUAUGUCAUCUAUUAUUCUCAUUUUCAUAUCUGCAUUCUUUGAAUUUGAUUGGUACAAUCACAAGACAGGAUUCGAUAUUAUGGCAUUAGUCUUUCUUUUCAUAUAUCUUGGGAUCGGCAUACUUGUUCACUAUCAAGUAAUUGUUGGUAUCAGGAAACAGGCUUCUAAUUAUCUUUUGCCAUUUAUUGUAUCAUAUAUUAUAGUAAUCAACACCGAAGCCUUAUUUAUUUUUAUUCACAUGCUACAUAUACAGUCUCCGUCACUUGAUUAUUCUUUCAACGCAGAAUCAAACGUUAUUUAUGUAUUUUCGAUCAUUAUACUGCUUAUUAUAAUAUUAUUUCAAGGAUUCAUGUUAAAGGCUGUAUGCCAAUGUCGUUAUUAUCUUUCCUGUAAGGAAAUACAUUUAACUGCAUUGAAAGUUGCAGAAAGCAGUCGUACGAAAUAUCCUGGAAUCCAUGUUGUUUUCGCUUCGCCAGCAUUUAAUGGCAAUCAUCCUGUAAAUAUUCCCAACGGCAAUAGAGUAGUUGACGGAGCCACAAUCGAGCAAGGGAUUAAUUCGACGUGGUAG